AUGACUGAAAUCAGAGGUAUGCUGCAACAACUCAUUGGGACAAAUGAAAAGAUGCAAGAGAAGUUAGCUGCACAUGAUUCAGCAAUCAAAGACAUUGAAACUCAAUUGGGACAGCUAUCUAUGGCCUUGAACAAUCGCCCACAAAGAACAUUGCCUGCAGAUACAAACAUUAAUCCAAAGGAGCAGAGUCUAAAUCAGCUCAUGGCAGUGAGUCUCAGGAAUGGGAGAGAUUUAGACAGGGAGCAAGAAGUUGCUCAAUCCAGGAAAGAGCCAACGCCAACUACUCCAGCUACUCCAGUUACAUUAGAGACCGAUGAGUCAGCAGAGCUCACCGAGGUUGCAAUCGAGCAAGCACAAGUUGACAAGGGGUAUGCAAAAAUGAUGAAGGACGUGAUGUCGCGAAAAUUUGACUUCCAAGACAUGUCCACUAUAACUGUGACACAGAUCUGCAGCGCGGUAGUGACAAGACCUAUGGCUCAAAAGGUGUCUGAUCCAGGUAGUUUCACUAUCCCAUGCACCAUUGGGAGUUAUGCUUUUGCUAAAGCAUUGUGUGACUUGGGAGCCAGUAUAAACUUGAUGCCAUUUGAAAUCUAUACAAAACUGGGCAUUGGCAGAGCUAGACCAACCUCAAUGUUGCUGCAACUGGCUGAUCGCACAGUCAAAAGACCGACGAGAAUUCUUGAUGAUGUGCUUGUUCAAGUGGGAAAAUUUGUAUUCCCUGCAGACUUCGUCAUUCUUGAUUGUCAAGUGGAUGAAGAGAUACCAAUCAUUUUGGGCAGGCCGUUUUUAGCCGCUGGGAGAGCAUUGAUUGAUUGUGAGACUGGAGAAUUGAAAAUGAGGUUGAACAAUGAAGAGAUAAUAUUCAAUGUUCAACAAUCUAUGAGGAGACCCAGCGAAUUUGCAAAUUGCUCACUAGUGGAGGCCGUAGAUGUAAUACUACAGGAGGAGGAUGAGACUACUAUUAAUGUCAGGGAUCCGUUGGAAGCCUGCCUGUUGAAUCUGGAAAAUGUUGAUGGUGAAGAGUUGGCAUAG